AUGGCCUCUUCCAAGAAUCUCUUGAAGGACGUCCCCAAGCCUCUUUUCCAGUCCUUCCUGUUUGGGAUCGCAACCUGCUUCACAUCCUGCCUACUGUUAGCGCUCUUCUCCUUCAUCAUCUUCCUCGGCCGCCACCCUCAGACUUUGGUGUUACGCCCCCGGGUCCUCAUAGGCGCUGGCUCGCCACCUUUUAUUCCUUCAAACACUUCUGAGAAUGGCACGAAUGCCACCAAAGUCCUUAAUUCUUCUUCCACUUUCCUCCCUUCUGCUGCUCCCAAGAUCCUCUCCGGCGUCAUUCAAGACCUUAACCUCCUCAAGAACCAGAAGUGGAACAUGGGGAGUUGGGUGGAGGGUGGGCAUGGGGACUUGGCCUCUUGUGAUCUCUUUGAUGGGAGAUGGGUGGCUGAUGACUUGAGCCCCAAUUACUCACCGGGGACAUGUCCGUUCAUUGACAAUGCCUUCGACUGCUUCGGCAAUGGCCGCGCCGAUUUGAACUACAUGAAACUCCGGUGGCAGCCUAAGGGCUGCAGGAUACCAAGGCUGGAAGGGAAGAGAAUGCUGGAAUUGUUGAGGGGGAAGAGGCUGGUGUUUGCCGGGGAUUCGCUGAAUCGGAAUAUGUGGGAGUCACUGGUCUGCAUCCUGAGAAACUCUCUGCGAGACAAGCGACGGGUAUUCGAGAUAGCAGGCAGGACGGAGUUUCGAACCAAUAAUUCGUAUGCUGUUAGGUUCAUCGAUUAUAACUGUUCGAUCGAGUUCUUUCGAUCGCCAUUUCUUGUGCAACCAUGGGCAAGAGUGGAUGCAAAGGGACGGCGGAGGGAGACACUUCGACUUGAUUUGAUCGAAGAAUCAUCUUCAAAGUUCGAAGAUGCCGAUGUGAUUGUAUUUAACUCAGGGCACUGGUGGACACAUGAGAAAACCUCCAAAGGGAAGAAUUACUACGAGGAAGAUGGUCAUGUGUACCCCCAGCUGAGAGCAGCAGAGGCUUACGGGAAGGCGAUGAGAACAUGGGCGAGAUGGAUCGACACACAUAUCGACUCAAAACGAACUCGGGUCUUCUUCCGGGGUUACUCCAGCUCUCAUUUCAGCGGCGGCCGGCGGUGGAGCUCAGGCGGGACCUGCGAUGGAGAGACCCUUCCAAUUACCAAUGACAAGCACCUAGCAAAGUACCCGGCCCUGAUGCAAAUCCUCGGGUCGGUGAUCAAAGAGAUGAGAACGCCUGUUCUGUAUCUCAACAUCACAAGAAUGACGGAUUACCGUAAGGAUGCUCAUCCUUCAGUGUACCGCCAGCCCGCGGCACAGAGGAAGCCUGGAGCGGUGCAGGACUGCAGCCACUGGUGCCUCCCUGGCGUCCCUGAUGCAUGGAAUGAGCUCCUGUAUGCAAUGCUUUUGAGGGGCUCAGGUGGAGAGACCAGAAGCAGCUAA